AUGUAUCCCUAUUCAAGAGGUAUUAUAAUAUAAUUAUUUAAGUUUGUAAUGGAUUUUGUGAUAUUUGUGAUGAAAAUGGAGAGUGUUUGUAUUGUAUGAGAGGGUUUAGAUAUAAAGAUAAUAUAGAUAAUAAAUAAUGCAUAUAUUGUAUUUUAUAUAUUUAUAUGGAUAGCUUGUUAUGGCCAUUAUUAUUGUUAUUUCGAUUACCGAUAAAGCAGAUAUAUUGAAUAUCCAGGAUGUUUGGAGGGAUAUAUGUAAAAAGGAUCUUUAUGUUUCGGUAAUUGUAUUAGGAGAUUUUUUUUAGGUAUUUAACCUUGUAAAUAAGCUAUCCCAUCAUCUAAAAAUCUCUACAAUUGUUAUAGUUGCGAUACAGGAUACUAAAAAUAGCUUUACUCUGGAAGUGACUAUCGUUGUUUUAGUAAGGAUUGGAACUGUGACCCCUCAAGAUAAUCAAUGAUAUUUGAUUAUUAAACAGACAACAAAAUGUUUUAUUAUACAACAUGUACUUUAUGCGAUCCAAAUUUCUUCUACUCAAAGAAACACAAAUAAUGUAUAACUUGCUACAGUAGGUUGAAUUAAAUAGCUGAUAAUGGUAUCUGCAAAUGCAAACCAUUCUAUGGUUUGUUAGAAGAAAUUUGCACACUAUGUGCAGAUGGUUAUUGUCAUAAUUGUGAAAGUGAUGAUUUUUAUUAAUGUACUUCAUGUAAACCAGGAUCAAAUAGAAUAUUAAUAAAUAAGGAUUGCAUUUGUUAACCAGGUACAUACGACCCUGAAAAUGAUGAUUAAAUUUGCCUUGGUAAAUUUUUUAUUGAUUUUUAGUUUGUGAUAAAUCUUGUCAAAAUUGCUUAGGUCCAUUAUUUUAAGAAUGUAUUGAUUGUGUAGAAGAAAGUAUUUCAAACAGAAUUUAAAUUGGAAAUGUUUGUCAAUGUAAAACAGGAUAUUCUGAAUAUGAAGUUAGGGAAUAAACCUGUGGAAGUAUUACUUUUAAUUAAUUUUAGAAUGUCAUGCAAAAUGUUUAACGUGUUUCUAACCCGCUGACGNAUAUUAUUAUAAUUUUUUUCUUAAAUUGGCACUAUGUAUCCCUAUUCAAGAGGUAUUAUAAUAUAAUUAUUUAAGUUUGUAAUGGAUUUUGUGAUAUUUGUGAUGAAAAUGGAGAGUGUUUGUAUUGUAUGAGAGGGUUUAGAUAUAAAGAUAAUAUAGAUAAUAAAUAAUGCAUAUAUUGUAUUUUAUAUAUUUAUAUGGAUAGCUUGUUAUGGCCAUUAUUAUUGUUAUUUCGAUUACCGAUAAAGCAGAUAUAUUGAAUAUCCAGGAUGUUUGGAGGGAUAUAUGUAAAAAGGAUCUUUAUGUUUCGGUAAUUGUAUUAGGAGAUUUUUUUUAGGUAUUUAACCUUGUAAAUAAGCUAUCCCAUCAUCUAAAAAUCUCUACAAUUGUUAUAGUUGCGAUACAGGAUACUAAAAAUAGCUUUACUCUGGAAGUGACUAUCGUUGUUUUAGUAAGGAUUGGAACUGUGACCCCUCAAGAUAAUCAAUGAUAUUUGAUUAUUAAACAGACAACAAAAUGUUUUAUUAUACAACAUGUACUUUAUGCGAUCCAAAUUUCUUCUACUCAAAGAAACACAAAUAAUGUAUAACUUGCUACAGUAGGUUGAAUUAAAUAGCUGAUAAUGGUAUCUGCAAAUGCAAACCAUUCUAUGGUUUGUUAGAAGAAAUUUGCACACUAUGUGCAGAUGGUUAUUGUCAUAAUUGUGAAAGUGAUGAUUUUUAUUAAUGUACUUCAUGUAAACCAGGAUCAAAUAGAAUAUUAAUAAAUAAGGAUUGCAUUUGUUAACCAGGUACAUACGACCCUGAAAAUGAUGAUUAAAUUUGCCUUGGUAAAUUUUUUAUUGAUUUUUAGUUUGUGAUAAAUCUUGUCAAAAUUGCUUAGGUCCAUUAUUUUAAGAAUGUAUUGAUUGUGUAGAAGAAAGUAUUUCAAACAGAAUUUAAAUUGGAAAUGUUUGUCAAUGUAAAACAGGAUAUUCUGAAUAUGAAGUUAGGGAAUAAACCUGUGGAAGUAUUACUUUUAAUUAAUUUUAGAAUGUCAUGCAAAAUGUUUAACGUGUUUCUAACCCGCUGACUCAUCUGAAAACCAAUAUUGCCUUACUUGUAUUCCUGGAUAAAAUCGUGUUGUUUCAGACACUUUUAAAUGUGAUUGCGAAGUUAAUUAUAGUGAUUUUGGGGGCAUUUUAGAAGUUUGUGCUGGUACAUUAAUAAAUUAUACAUAGUUUGUCAUUAUACAUGUGGUAAUUGUAUUGGUAUCUAAGCCAUAAAUUGUUCAUAAUGCUCAGAAACUUCAAACAGAGAAAUAACAUCUUUGGGAGAAUGUUUAUGUAAAUAACCGUAUUUUGAUGAUAAUACUCAGAAUAUAAAAUGUUAAAGUAUUUAAUUAAAUGUGAUUAAUAGAGUGUCAUCAUUCUUGUUUAAUAUGUGCAAACAGUACUGAAAAGGAUGCAUGUUUAGAAUGUCCUUCUAGUAGAACAGCUUAAUCAUCAGGUAGUUUCUUCGAAUGCUUUUGUACUGAUUCAAAUACAUUUGAUGAUGGAUUUUCACUAUAAUGUCAAUAAUGUGAUUAAUCCUGUAAAACAUGUUUUGGUCCACUUUCAUCUAAUUGUUUAACAUGUGAUACAAAUUAUAGAUAAAUGGAAUUAUCAUUUUGUGUUUGUCCAAUAAAUUAUUAUGAUAUUGGAUAAUUAGAGUGUGCAGGUAAUUAUUACUUAUUAUUAAAAGAAUGCCAUUAUUCUUGUCACAGAUGUUUUGAUAAUAAUGCAGAAAGUUGUAUAAUGUGUUCUUUUGACCUUAAUCUUAGAAUUUUGAAAGGCAAUGUUUGUAAAUGUGUUGAUGGAUAUUAUGAGGAAGUUGGAAUCGCUAAAUGUUAAAGUAAUUAUAAAAUUAUUAAUAUCUAUUAGAAUGUGCAUAUAAAUGUGAGACAUGUGAUAUUCAACCGGAUAAAUGCCUGAGUUGUCCAUUAAAUUCAAUGCGUAAGCUUGAUCCAAUUAAAGGAUGUUAUUGUUCAGAGGAAUACUUUGAUAAAGAAAACGAAAUAACUUGUCUAAGUAAUAUAAAUAUAAAUUAAAGAAUGCCAUUUCAAAUGUCAAACCUGUAAAGGAAUUGAGCAGAAUGAAUGUCUCUCCUGCAAUUCUAUUUAGCAUAGAGAACUUAAAAAUAAUUUAUGUUAAUGCUAACCAAAUUACUUUGAAAUGGAAGUUUAAGAAUGUUCAAGUAACCAUUAGAUCUAAAAUAGCUUGUAGCCCAUUUUGUUAUGAAUGCAUUAACAAUUCUAAAAAUUGUACUUCAUGCAACAAAGAUAGAUAUUUAGAUGGAAAUACAUGCAAAUGUAAAACUAAAUUUCAUGGAGUAGCAAUUAGUACAUUUGAUUUUAAUGGAAUGCUUACAUGCUAGAGUAUUUUAUUAAAUAAAAAUUAGAAUGCCAUUAUUCAUGUAGUACAUGCAUAGGAAUGGAUGAAGAAAAUUGUGUUUCUUGUAUGGAUACUGAAAACAGAUUCUAAGUAGGAAAUACUUGUGUUUGUAAAGAAGGAUACUUUGAUACAGGAUUGCCCACUUGUGCAAGUAUAACUGAUUUUUAUAAAUAGAAUGCAGUUAUAAAUGUAAAGGAUGUUAAAAGUAUUUUGACAGAUGUAUUUCUUGUCAAGAUAACAGUUUGAGAUUAUUAGUUUCAGGUUUCAAUAAAUGUCAAUGUAUUCAAGGUUAUUAUGAUAAUGGAUAGAAUAAUGUUUGUUAAAGUAUAUAUGAUUUCUAAUUAUUUUAAGAAUGCCAUUUUUCAUGUCUCAAAUGUAAUGAUAUUGAAACAAAAUGUGAGUUAUGCUCAAAUGAAUCGAAUAGAAUAUAUAAUGAUUAACUUUUUUCAUGCGAUUGUAAUAUUGGCUAUUAUGAUAUUGGAGUUGAAAAUUGUUAAAAAUGCCACUAUUCAUGUUUAAGUUGUAAUUAAGGAGAUGCAAAUUCUUGUAUUUCAUGUAUAGAUGUGAAUACUACUAAAAGAGUAUUUUAUAAUAAUACAUGUAAAUGUUUAUUUGGAUAUUUUGAUGACGGUUCAUCAAUAUCAUGCUAAAAAUGUGAUAUUAAAUGUUUAAAUUGUGUUGGACAAUCUUAUUAAUGCUUAUCAUGUCCUUAGACAAGAAAAAUAGAAACAAAUUGUAAAUGCCAUUAGGGAUAUUACGAUAUUGGAUUAUAACUUUGUUCAAAAUGUAAUCCAAAAUGUCUGACAUGUGAAACCACAUCUAAUAAUUGCACAUCUUGUGAUCCUAAUUAAUUUAGAGAAAUUAACAAAAUAAAUAGAAACUGUGAUUGCUAAAUAGGUUAUAUUGAAAUAGAUGGAAUCUGUUAAUAAUGUAAUUCAAGUUGUAAGACAUGCUCUUAAUCUCUAAAUUAAUGUACGUCUUGUAUUUAAUUUAAAAACUUAAAAAAUGACGAUUGUAUUUGUAGUGAUGGAAUGUAUGAAUCAAGUAUUGAUGAAUCAUGUAAGUUAUGUGAUAAAACUUGUUUAACUUGUGCCAAUACAAAUAAUUAUUGUUUAACAUGCUCAAUUGAUAAUUAUAGACAAUUAAAAAAUGGAAAUACUUGUGAAUGCAUACAAGGAUAUUAUCAAAAUCCAAUUAAUUAAAAUUGUGAACAAUGUAUGAGUUCUUGCUUGACUUGUUCCUUAGUAUAUGAUAAUUGCUUAACUUGUGAUAAUAAUCUUAAUUUAUCUUUGGUCAAUAAUAAAUGUUUGUGUUCAUAAUCUUAUUUUUUUGAUUCUAUAAAUCAUUAAUGUGAAUGUAAUAAUCUUUAUUUAUAUAGAAUGCAAUAUCACUUGUUUAGAAUGUUAAAAUUAUAAUGAAUGUACUUAAUGCAGAUUGUCAACAAGACAUUUAGUAGUAGAUUUAAAUAAGUGUUUAUGUAAUGAUGGAUAUUUUGAAACAAACUAAUAAUAUUGCUAAUGUAAUUUACAGUUAAAUAAUAUUUAGAAUGUCAUUUUUCAUGUAACACUUGUGAAAAUAUCUCAACUAAUUGUUUAACUUGUAUGAGUUGUCAUUAGAGAAUAUUAAUAAAUAAUGAGUGUUUGUGUCUGGAUGGCUAUUAUGAAGCUGGAAUCGAAUUGUGCUAUAAAUGUAAUGAUCUUUGUAAAACAUGUCAAUCUUUUGCUUCAUUUUGCUUAUCUUGUUACGAUAUUGAACAUAACAGAUAUCAUUCAGGAGACAAAUGUAUAUGUAAACCUGGUUAUUAUGAAUAAAACACAUUGAUAUGUUCAAGUAAUGAAAAUUAAAUGAUAAAUAGAAUGCUCAAAUGAAUGUUUAACCUGUUAAGGUUCAGCUGGUUAUUGUACAAGCUGUGAUACUAAUUCUAAGAGAGUUGAUCAAUCUAUUAUACAUAAAUGUCCUUGCAUCAUAGGAUUUUAUCAAGAUCAAAAUUUUAUUUGUUAAAGUAAAUUUCACAAUUAUUAUUAGGAUGUGAUAUUAAAUGUUAAACUUGCAUAAAUUAGGGUAAUUAAUGUUUAAGUUGCAAUAUAUAAUUAAAUUCAAAUCGUAAAUCUUUAUCUGAUUAAUGUAAUUGUAAAGAUGGUUAUUUUGAUGAUGGAACAUAAAUUUAAUGCUAAAAAUGUAAUUUGUAAUGUAAAACUUGUGAAAUUAAAGCAAAUAAUUGUCUAAUUUGCUAAAAUUCAAUGAGAAUUAAUACACCUACUUGUAAUUGUAUUGAUGGGUAUUAUGAAGAUGAGUAAUUAAAUUGUUAAAGUAAAUUUAUUUCUUAAAAUAAGUUUGUGCUUCUAAAUGCAAUACAUGCUUAUAGGAAUCCUCAAAUUGUUUGACUUGUCAGCCAGGAAGAAUUGAAAAAGAUUGCAAAUGUAUUGAUGGAUAUUUUGAAACUGGAUAAAAAUUAUGUUAAUGUAUUAAAUUAUUAAUAUUUAAAUAGAAUGUGCAUUUUAAUGUGCUACUUGUAUUUAAGAUCCUUUUAAUUGCAAAACUUGUAAAAGUAAUAGAUUGUAAGUACCAUUAUGCAUAUGUGAAUCUGGAUAUUACGAUGAUCAAUUAAAUGAAGAUUGCUAAAAAUGUGAUAGUACUUGUUUAGAAUGCAAUAUGAAUGGAUGUUUAUCUUGCUUUGCUAAUAGAGAACUUAAUGAAGAAAUGAAUUGUAUUCCACCACCAAACUCAAUUUGGUAUGAUGAUACUCCUUGGUGUUCAAGUAAAUUAUUCCAAAAUAUUAUUCCUAGCUUGUCAAGUUGCAGUAGUUAAUUCAUAUCUAUCAGAUGACCUUAGUAUGAUUAUUAUCCAUUUUGAUUUUCCUUUGGAUCCUAAGAGUUUCGAUUCUUAUUUAGAAGUUAAUAAAUGCUUGUAAUUAUUUGAAUUAAUAUCUGUACAAAAUUUUGGAUAAAAUUCAAUUUGUACCUUUAACUCUGAGAAUAAUAAGGAAUUAUUUAUAUAUCUCGGAGAAAACUCUAAAAUGAAUGUUGGUGAAGCGAUCAAAUUUAAAGAUAAUUCAUUAUCUCAUAUUAAUUGCGAAACUACUUUAAAAACUUUUAUCUUUGCAACAUUAUAAUUACCAAAGAAUCCAUUACCUCCUAAAAUUAAUUAUCAUGUACCCCUCCAUAAACUAAAUCCUUUUGCUGAAAAUUAAGUAUAUUUACAAUCAGUUAAAAACAAUGGAAAUCGAAAGUUAAUAAACAUUGAUUGGAGUUGUUAGGUUGAAUUUGGCGAAUCUAACUCUAAGCUUAAUUAAUUUUUGGAUUAAAUUAACUUUCUCUAAGAAUAAAAUUUAUUAAUACCAAAACUUACUUUACCUAGUAAUGCAGUAUUAAAAUUUAGGAUAUAAUAUUAAAAUUUUAUCCUUAUUUCAUCUUAUUCUGAAUUUACAAUUUACACUCAUUCAGGAGAUAUUCCAUAAAUUAAUAUAGACAUAAAGCCCUCAUAUUUUUUAUAUGAAACAAUUAAUAUUGGGAUUUCUGUUGGUACUUUAGUAAAUUCAAUUUCAUAUGAGUCUUCUAAAUACUAGAUUUAACUUAUAGAAAUUGAUAGAUAUCCUUAAAAGUCAUCUUCAUCAAAUUUGAAUACUACAAUUGAUUCAAAUUCCUUUGAAAUGGUCUAUACAACUAUUCCAAGAUAUACUUUAAGCAAAAAUUCAACUUAUACAUUUUAAGUCACUGCAACUAAUUUAAAUUCUAACAUAUCUAAUAAUUUAUAAUUUACUUUUGAAACUAAAAUGGCUGGAUUGCUUUGUUAGUUCAACAAUCAAGGAAUUUAGAAUAUUAGGAGAGAUUUAAAUCUCUAAAUAUAAUGUGAAGAUUUUGAUUCAAAAUAUGAAAGGUAAAGUGAUCCAGACUUAAAUAUUGAAGUAGCUUGUAAAGAUUUAUCAUUUAAUACUUCAUGCAAAAAUGAAUAAUAAUAAAUAAUAAAUGUAAAUAAAACUGAUUCUUUUCAAUUCAUUUAAAAGAAUACAAUAUCCACAUUUACUGUCUAAGAAUGGACAGUAACUGCUAAAAAAUUUCAAUAAAUUUCUAAUUUUGCUUUUGUUAUUGUUUAUCUUGAUGAUGAUUUUCCUUAAUUAGAAUUAUAAUUCAAUAAAGGUUAUUUAAUGAGGAAAAUCAAUAAUUAUGAAUUAUUAAAUUUUACAUAUCUAAUACCUUUUGAAAAGAAAAUUCAUUUAUUAGAUCUAUCAAUUACAAUUAUUUAUGACUAUUAGAUAAUAGAAAUAUUGCAACCAAAAUUUAUUUCACAUCACUUUAAGAUAUUUAAUAGCAUUAAAGAAUUAAAGUUUGGUGACAAAAUAAAUCUUAAAUUUGCAGCUUAAUAUACUAAUAAUAUCAUGCCAAGCAUACAAAAUAUAAAAUUAUCUAUUAAUUAGCCUGCUAAAUGUUCUAAAUUACUUCUUAAUCGUUAAAGCGAAUUUGCACUUACUGAUUUUUUAGUAGCAACAACUUGUGAAUAAUCAAAUGAUUCUCCUUAUAAAUAUUAGCUUAGAUAAUUCUUGAGAGAAUCUGAUUUAACAGAUUUUUUAAAUGGAAUAUCAGAUAAUUCCUUAAUUUUCUAUCCAUUUCAAACUUAAAAUUAAUUCUCAAUUUAAGCUCCUUCUUCUGUUGACUCAACAAAAAUUGGAAUUUUAAUAGAAGUUCUUGAUAAUGGGGGAUCAAUAACUCAUACGUUUGAAAAAAUUUCAAUUAAACCUGCAAAAAUAAAUUGUUUAUCAAUACAAUUUAAAAAUUUAACUUUAUAAAACAAAAUAACUCUACUAUUUGAAGCAAUGAAUCAAAAAUGUGAUGAGCUUCAUUAAUAAAUUUAUCUUGAUUUGAUAAAAUCUUAAAUUUUGCCAGAAAAGAAUGCGAAUAUCCUGAAAUUUUAAGCUAAUAAAUUAUAUUAAUAGUUCUUAAUCUCUUCAGAAGAAAUUAUAACUAAAAAUCUAUUGUUGUAUGAAGAAAUUCAAAAAAAAUGUUUAGAUCUAAAUUCAAACCAUUUAUUUAUUACUUAAAAUUCCACAUAAUCUGAAGUAAAUAUAUCUAAAAAGAUAGAAAAUUUCAAAAAAAAUAGUGAAGAUUUUAAUAGAAUUUAAUAAUAUUUUAUUACAAUGAAAAAACAAUGCGAAUAGGAGCUUUAAUAAAAUUUAUAUAUUUGGAAUGAAUAAAUCUUUUAAUAAUAUUUAAAUUCGUAAGAUUGCUUAAGAAGUUUAAUAUACUAUCUUGAUGAUAUCUAUUCUGAUUUUUCAUUAAUAAAUAUAAAAGAUGAAACCAUAGAUCAAAUUAUUGAGGAGUUGUUAAGAUUUAUUAAUAUAAUUGCCGAAGAAACUCAAAAUUUUAUAUUAGUAAACGAAAGGCCUUUAGUUCUUAAAGGAAUUGAAAUUAUUUGGAAAAUCAAAAGAAGAACUAAAUAAUUAUUCAAUCACUAAUUUAAUAUCCAAUAAGCUUAAGAAGAUUACCUUAUAGAUUUUAUUUAAUUUGAAUAUGCUUAUUUGUAAACAAAUCCUCUAAGAUUUAACUUGAACCUAGAAGAAUUACUCAAAACAUAUUUUAAUGACCGAACUAUACAAAUAUUCACAGAUAAUUACUAUCAAAUUAAGUUGAAAAACUUUUAUCAUAGAAGAUUUUAAGAAUAUGAAAAUUUUUCAUCUAUUUAUGACACACAAUUUGGAUCCUAUCAAGUAUGCUAAAAUACUUCGUAAUUCUUAUCUGAAUAUGAAAUAUAUUGUGUAAUUAGAACAAUAACAGGAAAAUUUUAUUAGUGUAAUUUGAAUAGAGUAUAAAAUAACAAUACAAUUGAGUUACAUUGUGAAUGUGAUAAGUUUGGUGAGAUUUUCCUUACAACCUCUACAAAAUUAAUUGUAAAUGCAAGUGAAUCUCAUAAAUAAAUAUAUAAUCUUGAAUUAGCUUCCAAAUCUGACGACAUAUUACCUUUAUAACUUAGUACAUGCUUUUUGUCAUUAAUAUUUUUGAGCAUUUUUAUUUUUUAAUUAUAUAAAGAUAAAAAAGUCUAAUAAGAGAGGUUUGAUACCGAAUAAAGUAAUUUGAGCCCUCCAAUUAUAUAAGAAAAAAAUAGUCUAAUGUAUCAUGGUACUUCUAAAGUGUAUAUAGAAAAAUUUAAGGUAACACUUAAUUGUAUAUUAGCAAAUCCAUUAAUCUAUUUCAUUAUUUUAUUAUAAAGACAACAAUAUUGAAUUUAGUUAUAGAAUUUUAGAAAUAUUCUCUUAAUUCAAUUUAUAAUUAACUUUAACAAUUCUUGAAUGUUAUUUGUUAAAUAAUUAAAUUCUUUUGAUUUGUGUUUUCAUAAUACUCAACCCUUUAAUCAUUUUGUUGACGAGAAUAUUUUAUAAAAUAAUUGAAGCAAUAUAUAGGUUCAAAAGAAUCGCUGCUUUUAUUAGCCACCUUCUACAUAUCAUAUUAUUGAUGUCCCCAAAUCUUAUCAUCUAUAUUUUUUACAUAUCAAAGUAUCUAUUAAACUAUCUUAGAAUUUCAAUGCAAUCAGAAUAAUAUAUAGUUGCCAUUAUAUAUUUAGGAAAUAUUCUGAUUUCACAAAUCCUAAUAGAACCGCUUACAGUAUUUGGAAGAAUAUUAAUUUAUAGAUUAAUAGCUAAAAGUCUGAAAAACAUGGAUUUAAAUCCUGUGUUUCAUUUAAUGCACUUUUUUGUUAUGCAUAGCAGUCUAGAAGAAAUAUUUGAAGAAUUCACAAAAAUUUGA